CGUACCAGCCAGCCCAAAGGCUCCACCUCCCUCGACUCUAGGAUCCCUACCAAUCCGCUUGCAUCCAGAACCCCGCCUCGCAAGAGAGGCCGGAUGAAGAAGCCCCCUCCACCAUAUAGUGCCUCUGGCAAGCCGAUGGAUUUCUGCGCCUUCGAGACCAACAGGGGGGAAAAAGCUACAGUGGCGAAGAAACCUGCUCCCGUUGCCUCAACUUUCAUCGUUCCCCCUGGUACAGAGCCUGACCUGCAGGCACUCAACAACCCCUUUGUGGCUGCAGCCAGGGAGAAAGCAGGCUCUUUCAGCAGGUCUAGCGCACGUCAGCCUGAUGCUAACUCAGACUUAUUCCAGAACCUGGAUCCUACCCUUCGGCCAGUCAACACGGACCGCAAGAUUCAGGAGCUGAAAGCACGGAGACAUCUAGUGAGGGGUGGCGAUGGAAAUACUGACGACGACGACGACGACGAAGAUCACACGGACAAUGAAGUUGGCUGGGGAGCAGCGCAGGGGCGCGUGACUGAACAUCCUGGUUUCUCAAAAGAAGAUUUACCGUCUCAACCCCAUGUCGCUCGUGCUCUUCCAACCGACUUCGAUUUUCAAUAUUCACGUGAUGAAGGUGACAUUAAUGCAGAAAGAUCUUUGGCAGAUGAUAUCUCCAGUACUGAUGAUACCGCGACCAAGCCGGCUGAACCUAAGCCAGAUGAUGUCUUACAGCGCCACCACCAGAAAAAUGGACGCCCUCGACUUCCUGAUCCACAAGUUCUUGACCUCCUACGUCACGCCGAGACAAAGUUCUUCCAAGUCAAAGGACACAAACGUCAAGACUACAUCAGCAAAAGUGAAGGAAUCAGGUUACGAAGAGCGAGUGCCGCGCCCAAACACGCGAUAGAGAACCCAUUCCCCAAACUAGCGAAAGAUUUGACAGGUUCCAUCAACGAGAUACUCAUGGCUUCGCUCGUUGAAUGGCUCGAGGGUGGUCAACAAGUCGAAGCGGGUAUUUGGCCUGAUCGCAAGCAUGAUAUGGCAAAACUGCUGUAUGAGGAUUUAUCAACGUGGCACUCGGACCUCAAGAAGACCGUUGCCAGUAUUGUGCCCUCCAUGUACGACCUCAUACCUCCAUCUCAUGUCCCACCCCAACACGUGCUGCCUGGGUUGAAGAAGCUGCCACGGAGGUCUUACCGUGUUGCUCGCAGGAGACCUGAGGUCUUCCAGAAGUCUUUACCGCUAGAGUGCUUGGCACUGGUUAAUUGUGUCCUAGAUGGCUUUGCUAAGAACGGCAGCGGAAAAUCAUUUCCGAAGUUCACCGCAAAGGAAUACUCUUCUUUGUAUACUGCUAUGCUCACUAACCUGGAAUCGAUCAUGCGUGACCCUUACCAUGGACCGAAAUUAGCGCGGCAACUUCGUUCCUGGGCUGCAGCUGGAUGGCAAGGAGUUUUUGCUUUCGAAGUAUUGCAUGCUGAUGAAGUUCUCACAGGGCGGAGUCCUACAAAGUCGACGGCAAUUCGAGCAGCUAGCAGCAGCGGCACAAUUAUAUUUUAUUGGUACAAGAGCCCUUCUCUGGGUGUCUGGCGUACUGUCUUGCGUAUCAAUCCUGCAUCAGGAAAACUCUCCCAAGGCAAAUUAGCCAAAAUUCACAUAAAGUCAUAACAUUCACAUAAUCACAGGUGUUUAUGAAUAAAGUCACUAAGGAUGAUAAUUUAGAUGUGAUUAUUUUAAUGCAAACGAAUGAUUAGCAAGAGUUAUCGAGAAUUAUCUGAACAUUGAAAAAGUUGGUCUAUCUAUGUAUGAGUUCAACCAGAAGGUGUCACAGGCUCACAGCCCUCAAGCACUGUAUCACUCGUCCACUCUCGCGGGGCCAUAACACUAAACCUUGGUAUAAGGUGGACACUGCGCUCAAUUUCCGGCUUGAAUUCAACAAAACCAUUCAACAUAUAUAAGGUGAGUAGGAACUUGAACACGGACCAUUGGGGGAAGAGCAGUGGCAUUGAUUUCGGUGGUAAGGCGAAGAUGACUCGGAUUCGGACUUAACCCGACGGUGCAGAUAUUAAUUCUUGGAUAAGGGCGAGGAUACUGUGUAUGUAGGAUCAAGUGAGUGAGAUGUACUGCGGAAAAGAACAACGCUUUGGUUCCUUCCG